UCUUGAUAUGGAGACUUCUUCACUUCACCACUCACAUUCACCACCGAUCCCCUCGUUUAUUCCAUCAACAACGCAAACUCGAACACUUGUCCUCAGACUUUUGCGAACCUUCUUCAACACGAUGCACGCCACAACUCUCGCUUCUACUCUCGCCAUGGCGGCGCUUGUCACCGCUCAGACUCCGACACCUAAACCCAGCCCACCGGGGAUCAAGUACAACGCUACUGUCGAGCCUGUCGGUGGAUCCAAUAUCCACGGCUACGCUACUCUAACGUCAUCCGAAAAAGGUGCAGUCGGGAUAAGCUUCCGAUUCGAAAACGUCAACAAAGACAACGGCGGUCCUUUCCCUUACCGCAUCCACGAGAACUCGGACUGUGCCAACCCCGGCCCCGUCUACGAUCCCUACAAGGUGGGCAAAGGCGACGAGAACAAAGCCCCUCUCGGCGACAUCGGCGGCUCCAAAUUGAUGCAAAUCAAUGUGCCGGAUAAGAUCAACAGCAACGGUUUCCCAUUGGAAGCAUUGUCCCUCGACCCCAACAACGACAAGGACUUCGUUGGAAACAGAGCAUUCGUGAUCACCAACGGCAAGGAAGAAAAGGUGGCCUGCGGCGUCUUCAAGUGCACCGCAGGAUGCAACCUCGUGAGCGGCAUGAACGACACCACGACCACAUCUCCCGGUGGAGCCAACGGCACCAGCGGCACCAACGGCACAGUCAACGGUCCCAACGGUCCUAAGGGUCCUGGCGCUCCCGGGUCCGGUCCUGCUACUUCGCCCAACUCCGGAACUCAGCUCGUUGCUAGCGCUGGUGCUUUCAUGGUCGCUUUUGCUGCUUUCUUGCUGUAG